AUGACCGUACCCCGCUACCUGUCCGGCGAUGCUGCGGGCAUUCGCGAAUUCUUGGAUAAGUUUGAUGUAUUCCUGUUUGACUGCGACGGCGUACUGUGGUCCGGUGAUCACGUUUUCCCAGGGACAGUCGAGACUCUAGAGUUGCUGCGAUCAAAUGGAAAGCAAAUCGUAUUUGUUACGAACAAUAGCACCAAGUCGCGAGCGGAUUAUAAGAAGAAGCUAGAGGCAUUGGGCAUUCCGGCUACCACGGAAGAAAUCUUCUCAUCCUCCUACAGCGCCUCGAUUUACAUCUCCCGCAUCCUCGACCUCCCACCAAACAAGCGCAAGGUCUUCGUCCUCGGCGAAACCGGCAUCGAGCAGGAACUCCACUCUGAGAAUGUCCCCUUUAUCGGCGGCACAGAUCCCUCGUUCCGGCGAGACAUCAACCCGGAGGAUUACAAGCGUAUCGCCGCAGGCGAUGAAUCCCUACUGGACCCAGAAGUCGGGGUCGUCCUUGUUGGGUUGGAUUUCCACCUGAACUAUCUGAAGCUCUCGCUAGCAUACCACUAUGUGCGACGCGGAGCGGUGUUUCUGGCGACGAAUAUCGACUCGACGUUGCCGAAUUCGGGGACUUUCUUCCCCGGUGCGGGAUCUAUGAGUGCGCCAUUGAUUUUCAUGCUGGGGAAGGAUCCGGUGUCGCUUGGGAAGCCGAACCAGGCGAUGAUGGAUGCAAUUGAGGGCAAGUUUCACUUUGAUCGGAGCCGUGCGUGCAUGGUUGGGGAUCGCGCGAAUACUGAUAUCCGGUUCGGGCUGGAGGGGAAGCUAGGUGGGACUUUGGGGGUUCUUACAGGUGUUAGUAGCAAGGAGGACUUUGUCGAUGGGCCUACUCGACCGGCGGUGUACCUGGAUAAACUUUCGGAUCUUCUUCACGCUGCGAAAUGA